AUGGAGUCAAUUGGAUUGCAGAGAAGACUGGAUUUGCCAAAUUCUUCUCCAUGUUUAGAAUCUUUGGGCAGGAAUGAACAUGCUCCCAAAGGGAAUGGUGAUAUUCCUGACAAAUACUGGACAUCUAAAAAGAAAGAUUCUUUGACUUCGGAACUGACAAAGAAGUUCAAUGAAAAGGAUCCUUUCCUUCAUCAAGAUGAGACCCUUUAUGGGACGAGAUCACCUGCCACUGGUGUUGAGUAUCGGAAUGGAUUGCCUAAUAUAAAUCCCAACCCAACAUCUAGUUUUGAGUCUGGGGUUGUCAUUCCUGCAGCCAUUAGUUUGAAACCUUUGGUAAAUAACAAGAUGGAGAAACCUAAGAACUUCCAACAUGACAAAACCCCUAUCAAUCUUCUUGUCAUGAGCCAAAGAACUGCCAAUGAUCAGGAUUGUGCUUUGACAGGGACUGCAAAUGGUGAACAAGGACAGGAUGUUUCAGGGGCCAGGAAUUCUGAAGUUGCAGGAUUAUUUCCAAGUACUAGACAGCAUUCUCGUAAUGAAAAUUCUUUAGCAGAUCUCAUCUCAGGGUUGUCCGAUGGCCCAAACUACCAUGAACCUGCACGUCCGCAACUUGUUGCAAGUCAAAAGGAUGUAGGUUUCCAAGAACCCCUGCUAAUACACUCUGCAAAGAUGUACCCGUUGACAGUUCUUGAUGACCCUGAGUUGCAAGACAGUGACCAUAGGGUGUUGCAGAACCCAAUCCAAGAUGCUGCAUUUAAAAGAGGGGUCUCUCUCAUUGAUGAUGACUUUGUAAAUUGCCUCGAUGAGAAUGCUGAGAAGUUGAGCUCGAAUGUUGUUGAAAAUGUUGCUCUGAGACAGCCAAAACCCCUAACAAUGAGUAAUGAUAAAAAGCAGUUGGAGUCAGUGAUAAUUGUGGAAGACGUAACCGACACUAUUACUCCUGGCAUCCAGUUUUCAUCAGUAGUUUCCCCAUAUUCUGUGGAUGAACCCAUUGGUGAUCUCAUAUCCCCUGCUGCAACAGAGGUGGAGAGCAUCAUUCCAGAGUCUGAAUAUGAGGAUGAUAGGGUCAGUGAGGGAGACAAGAAUGAAUCAUUUAGUGAUGCAAUGAUAGCUGAAAUGGAAGCCAGCAUCUAUGGCUUGCAGGUAUUCCUCCAACGUCUUAAUUUUUCCUGA